AUGCCGUUGGUGUUGCUGGUGAACGGUUGGUUGUUAGCGAGUGGGACGCCUGUGGCCAUGUUGCAGCACGCCACGUCUUCGCAGAGCAUUGUGUUCCAUCAGCUUCAGGCGGCACCAGUCGCACCAGUCACCGCACCAACUCCCAUUGUUCCAAGUAGCAGUGCUAGUCAUGCAAAGUAUGAAUACAAGUAUGAAGUGUCAGAUCAUCAGACGGGUGACAGAAAGAGUCACUGGGAGAGUCGGGACGGUGACAAGGUGCGAGGAGUGUAUACGUUGUACGAACCUGAUGGAGCCCUGCGGACUGUCGAGUAUACUGCUGAUGCUGUGCACGGGUUUAAUGCAGUAGUGAGGAGGAAUGAACCGAACAAUCAUUCACAUCUCAGUACUGGGUACAAACAUGAGUCUCCAACUUCUACUCAUGACACUUACGAUGAACCCAGUCCAGGGUACACUUCCGAAAGGGGCAUAUUCUCUGGCCAAGGCAAUACACCAAGACGUCCCGCGAAAUCGAAUUCUUAUAACUCGGGAGUUGAUUUCAGCGUCGUACAUGGACAUUCGGAUAAAUCUUAUUAACUUGUCACUGACCAUUGUUUGAUUUAUUGAACCAAGUGUCAUCUUUUCUUACUGACCAUUAUUUGAAGAGUAAUCGAACCAAGGGUUCUUUUAUCUUUGAGUUUACUGAAAUGUUAGACCUAAGAUUAAUCAAGCUCGCAUUUGUUGUCUUUUUUAUAUUUUUGUAAGUUAUAAGUAUUUUAUUUA